AUGUCUAAGAAUGCCACAGCUUUUACCGAGGAGGAAAAAGAAGAGGAAAAGAAAGAUAUUGUGAACGCUACGCUAUGGACACGUACGCCUGAGUGCAGUGUGGACCGUGUGAAGGACGCCUCCCUCAACCAGCGAUACCAGCGCAUGUCCGUGCAGGACACCCGGGAACGUGAACAGUCCGAUGAGAGUAAAAUCAUUUACAAGGCAUUAGCGACGGCUAUGGAGUUGAGAAGAACCUAUCUGCAUCGAAGUCAUCAAAAAUUCUGCAUAUCUACCAGUCACCAGCUAGAUAUCUUUGGCAAUCCGGGCAGGCACACUGUGCCCACCCCCACCAAUCCCUCACCAAUGCCUAGUGACGAGAACAGCUCCUGUGUAAUCAGAAUGAAGAAGGGUGUGUUCGAGGUUUUCCAGUCGCAGGCUGACUUAGACGAUGCUGAAAGCGAUGCCAUCGGGUCAGAAAGCACACAAGGAAUGUUUGCGUAUCCGACUCUUUUCAAAUACUACAAAGAUCUCAACUGGUUGAUGGCCCUGUCGAUGGACGGUGAAAGUAAAACGUACUGCUUCCGACGAGUUAAAUACCUGUCACAGUCAUUCGAGAUGCACUUGCUCCUGAACGAAUUAGAGGAAUUGAAGCAGCAAAAAGGGGUCCCACACAGAGACUUUUACAAUGUGCGUAAGGUCGACACGCACAUUCAUUUGGCCGGAAUGAUGACACAGAAGCACUUGUUGCGCUAUAUCAAGAAAAAAAUGAGAACUUCGGGUGAUGAGGAAGUCAUUGUAAGGAACGAUCAGUUGCUCACGCUUUCAGAGGUGUUCAAAUCGCUCAACCUCACGACAUAUGAUCUCAGCGUAGACACUUUGGAUGUGCACGCCGAUAGAGGCACGUUCCAGCGCUUCGAUCGCUUCAACUUGAAAUAUAAUCCCAUCGGGGAGUCUCGGUUGCGAGAGAUCUUUUUAAAGACUAAUAAUCAUAUCCAGGGCCGUUUCUUGGCUGAAAUUGUCUCAGAGGUGGUUGACGAUCUGGAGGAAUCGAAGUAUCAAAAGGCGGAACCUCGUGCGAGUAUCUACGGUCGCAGCACGGACGAGUGGGAGAAGUUAGCGAGUUGGGUAUUAGACAACGGAUUAGUCAGUGAGCACAUCGCCUGGAUGGUGCAGAUCCCUCGACUGUUCAAUAUAUACAAAAAGCUCGGCACUAUCAACAAUUUCGAACAGAUGAUCGAGAACAUCUUCCGGCCCUUGUUCGAAGCUACUGCAAACCCUAAAGAUCAUCCCAAACUGAGCAAGUUCCUUACGCUGCUUGGAGGGUUCGAUGCCGUUGAUGACGAAAGCAAGCGCGAGGUUCGCAAGCAUCACCACUUCCCGUCUGCUGAUAAGUGGGUGUACGAAGACAACCCGCCGUACACAUACUACAUGUACUAUCUCUACGCCAACAUCUGCACACUCAAUCAGUUCAGGGCAUCGCGAGGACUCAAUACGUUCCAAUUCCGGCCUCACUGUGGAGAAGCAGGCGAUGUCGAUCAUAUUGCCUCUGCAUUCUUGACUUCGGAGGGUAUCAACCACGGGCUCACGCUAAGAAAGAUCCCUGUACUAGAGUACUUGUUCUUCUUAACCCAGGUUCCGAUCGCCAUGUCGCCGUUAAGUAACAACAGUCUAUUCUUGGAAGUCAAUCGACACCCAUUCCCCAAAUACUUUGCCUGUGGGCAAAAUAUCUCUCUCUCAACAGACGAUCCCCUAUUCUUCCAUUUUACGCGGGAGCCGUUGAUUGAGGAGUAUUCAGUCACUGCACAGCUGUGGAAGCUUUCAGCAUGCGACUUGUGUGAGUUGGCACGAAACAGUGUCCUUGCUUCUGGCUUUUCGAAGGAGAAAAAGCUCAAAUGGUUGGGCCCCGAUGGCCUUAAACCAGGAGUGGAUGGCAAUGAUAUUCAGCAUACUAAUGUGCCGGAUAUCCGCGUGGCAUAUCGGGUAGAGACCUUGAUGAGAGAGCUCUCGCAUGUGCUUAGGGGUCAACGCGAUCUAGUGCACAUUCCUAAUUUCGCUUAA